AUGCCCCGCAAAGGCUUCCCAAGAAAAUCAGAUGAUGUACUAGACACCGUUCAAAAAUACUCGACUGAAAAUCCAAAAGAAACUCCUUUUGUUAAUAAUAGGCCGAAGGCUUUUUUAAAACGACAUCCCACCUUGAUCCCAAGAAAUAGCGAAAGAGUAACCAAAGCUAAUGCUAGUAUAGCUGAAUGUGACAUUAAGAAAUGGUUUCAAGAAAUAAGAAACCACCUUACUAGUGAAAACCACUUGGAUAUCGUUCAAGAUCCUCGUCGAGUUUUUAAUGCCGAUGAGACAGGAUUCCAGGCGUACCCUACAACUGCACGUAUCCUCGCUGCAAAAGGAGACAAAAACGUCUAUGCCGUGCAGCAGAGAAACCCUACGGAAAGCGUAACCGUUCUCUUUACUUUCUCUGCUGACGGCAUAACAAGCCCUUCAUUGAUAUUAGUAUCUAGAGUCAGUCUCAGUAGAUGUGAGUGA